UCGCUCGUUCACCGCUGUUGUCUCAUAUCACAAAGCGCCGCCGCCGAGGCUCUUGUAAGUUGUAACUGCCCUCCCACUAGUACCUUGGUAACCUUGCAGGAGCCUGCGUUGCUCGCAGAGCAGAUGUCGGAGAAGGAGCAAAAGCCGCCGCCGUGCCUCGACCCGGAAAAAUGCCCGCGGGUCGCGGCGUGCCUUGAAUCCUCGAAGCUCUGCCACGAACUCGGCCGCGUCGGGUCGUAUCGGCCGUGCGGCAUCGAGCGAAGGCCGCUGAUGAUCGCGGUGGCGGUCGCCGGGGUGCUCGCCCUCUUGCUCAACGUGUACGCCCUCUUCGCCCUCUCGACGGACGCCAAGGUCAUCAAGCCGACGGCCUGGGCGGUAGGCGACGUUCGCGCCGGCUUCCGCGGCGACACGGCGUACUUCGGCCUUACGACGGCGGUCGGCUUCGACGGCAGCCACAAAGUCUUCGAGGACCAUUGGGGGCGCGUCGACUGCCACAAGUACGCCAUCACGCCCAACCAGCCGAACAGGACAAAACCGCACGGCGACGUCGACCGGUGCAAGCGCUGCAAGUCCGACGUCGGCCAGAUGGCGACCACGGUGAUCGUCUCCGCGAUCGCGACGCUCGGCACGCUCCGCUAUGCGCACCGGCGCGCCAACCCCGAGACUGCGCGCGGACGGUGUCUGAAGUCACCGCGUUACGCGCGUCGGCGCGCGCGUUGCGACCUUGUUCACGACCUCUUCCACACAGGACAGAAAUUUCUUCAAAGCGAUGGGCAUCGUCGUCGGCCUGAUCGCGUUCUCGACGGCACUGGGCCCCAUGCUGGCCUUUCAAAAACACUGCACGCGGUCGAACACGGAUAUGCUCAAGAUGCGGGCCGGUCCCAGUUACAUUUGUAUGGGUUUCGCGGUAUUCCUCAAGGCGACGACUAUCGUGGCACAUCUAGCUCUCCGCGCACCCGGGAACCCCGCCGAGGAGUCCGUCGCGCGGCGGCUCGCGUGGAUCAGUAUGGACUAA